AUGAAAAGAGCAUUUUUUUGCCUAUUGUUCGUAGUUAUAAAUUUAUUAACAGUUUACUGUGAUGGUGAUAGUGAGAAUAAUGGACAAAAUGUAGAGGAUGUAAAUAAAACUGAUUAUGAUUCAUAUGAAGAUGAUAUUGACGAAAAUAAUUUUGAAGUCCCCAUUGAUUGUGAAGGGGGAGAGUGUUUGAAUUCGAUGGAUAAUAUAAACAAAAUGAUUGAUGAGAAAAAAGAUAAAAUACGAAGACGAAAAAAACGAGGAAAACCAAUACAAAUAGUGAAACCAAAUGUAAAUCACACAGAAUUAAUUAUAAUAGAAGAAAAUUUAGCAAUUUUGAAAAAAAUAAGCAAACCAAUUGCAAUUGUAUCCGUUUUAGGAGAUAUGCACACAGGAAAAUCAUUUUUACUUAACUUAAUAAAUGAGCAACUAGUUGAUGAUAUUAAUAAAAGAGAUAAAACUAUUGAAAAUGGUUUUAAAGUUGGAAAUGAUAUAACUGCUAGUACAUAUGGUAUAUGGAUAUGGUCUGAACCAAUUGUAAUAACAGUACAAAAAUUAAAAGAGAUGUAUGAAUAUAUAGAUAAUAAUUUUACAUCUUUUGUUAAAAGCUAUGAAUAUGAAAAAGACGAAUAUAAUGAAGAAAUAAUAGAUUUAUUAAAUUUAUAUAAAUCUGAUAAUUGGAUUUCAAAAGUGCAUGAUUUAAAUUUAAAUGAUACCGACGAAGUUAAUCUUAUAUUAAUGGACACACAAGGUUUGAACAGUCCUAAUGUAAAUAAAAGGUAUGAUGAAAUAUUAUAUGCUUUAACAAAUUUGAUAUCUACUGAUAUAAUAUUUUUAACAAUGAAAAUGAUAAAUAAUAAAGAUUUAGAAUUUAUUGAAAAUAUAACAAAAGAUGCAAACUUAUUUAUGUUAAGAGCUUAUACAAGAUCUAAUGGUUCUACAUUUUCAAUUAAAAAAACAAAAUUUGAUAAAAUAUUAGAUAAUAUGAAUAAUAUAGAAAACAAUUCGUUAAUAUUAGAAAGUAUAGCUUCUAAAAAUUUGAUGUGGGUAGUGCAUGAUUUUAGUCAACGUUUAGAUGUAAGAAAAGGAAAGUUAUGGCUAGAUAUAUUAUUAAAUUCAGAUAGAAGAGAUUUAGAUAUUAAAUAUUGGAGAAAAAUUAUAUCUAAUAAAAGUAAAGAUAAAUAUGACGCUUAUACAACAAAACAAAAAAAAAUUGCAUACUUAACAUAUACAAAAGAUGGAAAUAAUGAACCAACUAAUGAAAUGUCCACUAAUUACAAAUUAGGAGUAUUAUAUAAAAAUAUUGAUUGUGUUUUGUUAAGACAUAUGUAUAAUAAUAAAGAUCUUGAUUUUACAAAUGUAAAUUUGAAUGAUUUAAAUGAUGAAUAUAAAAAUGACAUUAUGGUACUACGAUAUAAAAUAUAUUUAAGAGCAUUGAUGCAUCCUAAAAAAAUGUAUUCUAAUGUUCAGAUGAAUAAUAUUAUCAAUAAAAUUAUAAAAGAAAAAAAAGGUAAAAAUGACACAAAGGAAAAUAAUAGCUCUACUAUCAAUAAUAAUAUGGAUGAUGAAGUAAAUGAUAUGUCAGAAGCUCAUAGCAGAUAUAUGUCAGGAGAUGAUAUAUAUGAUUUUAUCACAUUUUUAGUUAAAUCUGCAAAUCAAAAUUUAUUUACUAAUGUGAACCAAUUUUUUAAACAGUUUAAAAUUAACAGAGCUGAGAUAAGUAGAAAUGAUUUAAUAUUUUUAUAUAAAAAAUAUUUAUUACAAUUUAUGGAAAACGAUGAUGUCGAAUUUAUUAGUUACAUGAAUGAUGAUAGUGAUGAGUUUAUAAAAAGUUUAGAAUCAAAGUUAAAUAGUAAUGAAAAGGAUGGAAACAAUAAAUCUCAAAAUGAUUCGUCAUAUAAUGAAGAUUUUAUGGAUGAAGAAGAAGAAAGAGAAGUGCAUCAAAAAAAAGAUGUUUAUAAACAAUUACCACCUUUAAUUAAUGAAAUAACUAAAUACGAAGAAUUAAUUAGAGAACAAAUAUUAAAUAUAUGGUAUAAGUAUACUGAAAGUGAUUUUCAUGAUGAAGAAGAAAAGGAAUUAAUAAAAGAUAUAGAAUCUAAUUUAUAUGAAAGAUUAGACUUAAUUAAAAAUGAAAUGAUCGCAUUGGGAGAAGCAAACAUUAAAAAGUUUUGUAAAAUUGCUUGUGAAGAUGCUUUACAAAUAGUUGUAGAAGAUAUAAAAAUGAAAAGUGAUCAAUAUCCAAUUAAGCAAAAAGAAUUAACUGUUUUUUUUGAAUCAGUUAGCUACAACUUACUUAAAUAUUUAGAAAAAAAACUUUCUAAAAAUUCUGAAAAAUUAGAUCUUAUAUAUUAUAAAGAUGAAAUAUGUACCCCAUUAAUUAAUAACACAUUUCAAGAAUUUUAUUAUUUAAAAAAGAAAAAUAUAACAUUAAAUGAAAAUAAAUUAAAAUCAUAUUUUGGAAAUGCCGUAUCAAAAGGAAAGGAAGUUUUUGAAACUUUAGCAGAAAGCACUGAUAAUAUCACAGAGUAUUUUAAAAAUAAAAAUGUAUUUUAUACAGUUUUAGAUAAAUGGAAUGCAGAAGCUAUAAAUGUUUAUAUGGCUACUUUAAGUGAUUUUUCAAAAGAAGAAAAAGAAAUUGGUGAUGAAUAUUUAGUUAUUUUAGAUAAUAACAUAAAAGAAUUAAAACAAAAAGCUUUAGAAAAAUGGAAUAACCAUUGUAAAGACAAAACAAAUGCUUUAUAUAAUAUGCAUAAAAAUAAUUUAAAAAAUAAUUUCCUUGAAAAUUUUAAUUUCCCAUUAGAUGAAUUAGUAUUACAAGAUAUAUUUUUAAGUUUAAAAAAUCAAGAAGAAUUGAAAUACAUGGAAAUAUAUUGUGCUAAUGAAGAAUCAUGGCUUUCUGAAUAUAAAAACUUUUUAGAAUUAACUGAUGAGGUAUAUAAAUUUAUUAAGGAUGAAAAUUUAAAAGCAAUACAAAUAACUUGUCAGCAGCCUUUAGACGAUUUAAAAAAUUCAAUAAAAGGAGAAAUACAUAAUUAUUAUUUAUGGAGAUCAUUAAAAAUUACAUUAUUUAAUAGAGCACUUGUUGUACUUUCUAAUAAUAUAGAAAAUAUUUAUUUAAAAAAUCAAAGAGAAAAUAAAAUACAACCUUCAAUUGAAGAAAAUUUUACUUUAAAAAAUCCACAAUAUAGAAAAAUCUCAAAAGAAUUAAUGAGUAAAGUUAUUAAUAGAUGGUUAAAUAAUGAUAUAUAUAAUAUAUAUUAUCCAAUUAUAAGAAAGCAAUUAAUACAUAAAAUAAUUUGCUAUCUUGGUAUAAUUAUAUUAUUAUUUAUAUCAUCAUUAAUUUUAUAUUUUAAAAAAUUCCAUGCAAGCUUCUUAUUCUUAAUAACAAUUUCCUUAUUUAUGAUAUUUGGAUAUGCACAAAUAUCUUUAUAUAUGAAGAAAUUUUUUAGGCACAUUGUAUUUUAUAUGUAUGAAGGUAUAGCUAACGUUUUUGGAACAGAGGGGGCUAUAAUUUUUACUAUUUUAUUAAUUUCCACUACUGCAAUUUAUUUAUACAAUUAUCAUAUUGUUAAAUUUAAAAAUAAAGUUGCAAAAAAUACAAAAAAACUUUUACAAUCACAAAAUAUUAUGAACUUGUCUGGUCUUGGAGGCUUUAAAGAUAUGAGCGCCUCUAAUCCUAAAAUGAGAAUAUUCAAACCAAAUGUUAUUAAAUUUGAUGACUUUGAAAAAGAUAGUAAAUAUCAUUCAUCGAAUAUCCCUCAUGAAUUUAAAUUAAAUAAUGAUGCAUCUCAAUUUAUGGAUCUUAAAGAAAGAGGAAAUCGAGGAAACAAAAUGGAUGAUUAUGCGUCUUACAAUAAUCCAAGCAAAUUUCAUAGAAGAUCAUUCUUGGGUUAA